AUGACGAUCCAGCGCAUCCUUAACCGCGUCAAAGUUGAAUAUCAACCCACAGGCACCGCCGUAUUCAUCUCCUUAGACCGCCGCUUUAACAGUCUCUCCCUCAGUGACUGUAAAGACGUGAUGGACUUUGCUCAGCAACUUCGGAAGGCCCGGAAUAAGCUGCUCCAACUACAUAAGUCCGUCACUCUGGGUGAUCCGUUCCUUAUCAUUCGCUUCCUAGAAGGCCUCGGCCCGAAUUAUGCCAUCUUUCGUACAAGUUUCUACCAGAACUACCCGAUUAUCCCGGCGACGUCAAUCAAAGACGGAAGGGGCAGUCUAACCGUUAAAUUUGACGAUAUUAUACUGCUAGCAAGUAAAGAGGAAGACGGCUUAAAGCAGGAAGAGAGUAGAUCAGCACUCCUAACCAGGCGCGGGCAAGAUAAAAAUCAGAAACCCAACUAUGGUUAA